GCGCAGACUCAAUCCCCGCUGCAGUUCACUGCGUUUCCGUAGCCAGUUUGCUACCCGCUGAGCCCUGACCGGGGAAACAGCUCACGGAAACGAUUGAUCCCGAUCGAAUAACGCCAAAGCUGGCAACACAAAUGGCGGAUUAACACUGGUGUCGGAAAGGACUAGCGAAAUCAAUGCUCGUGACUCGGGUGCUUUUGGAGAGUGCGCUGGCAACACCCUCCGUAACAUGUGAGAUGUAUUCAGAAAGAUAUUAAGUGUGCGUUAUUUCGGCUAACUAGCUAGCAGCUACCCCCUCUCCUCUGUCCAAUUUAUGGUAGCUCGCUUCAUCUGUUUUCUCAACCGUCGCGUCUGUACCGGAGGAAAAUGAAGAAGUUCAACAUUAGGAAGGUGCUGGACGGCUUGACAGCGGUUUCUUCGUCCUCCUCCGCGACUGCCCAGCCGGGUACUCCCAGGGAAAACGACGUUAUCCAGGAGACUCUCCAGUCGGAGCAUUUUCAGCUUUGCAAGACUGUGCGUCAUGGCUUCCCAUAUCAACCAUCCUCAAUGGCUUUUGACCCUGUGCAGAAAAUCUUGGCUGUCGGGACUCAGAGUGGAGCUUUGAGGCUCUUCGGCCGUGCGGGCGUGGAGUGCUACUGUCAGCAUGAGAGCGGUGCGGCUGUCAUCCAGCUCCAGUUCCUGAUCAACGAGGGGGCGCUGGUAAGUGCCUUAGCUGAUGACAGCAUCCACCUGUGGAACCUGAGGCAAAAAAUCCCUGCAAUCCUGCAUUCUCUCAAGUUCAACAGGGAGAGAAUCACAUACUGCCACCUGCCCUUCCAGAGCAAAUGGCUUUACAUCGGCACAGAAAGAGGAAACAUCCACAUUGUCAACGUGGAGUCCUUCACUCUCUCAGGCUACGUCAUCAUGUGGAACAAAGCCAUCGAACUAUCCACCAAGACUCACCCAGGGCCUGUGGUGCACAUCAGUGAUAACCCCAUGGAUGAAGGAAAGCUCCUGAUUGGAUUUGAGUGCGGGGUUGUGGUGUUGUGGGAUUUGAAGUCCAAAAAGGCUGACUACCGCUACAAUUAUGAUGAGGCGAUCCACUCAGUCGCCUGGCACCAUGAGGGUAAACAGUUUGUCUGCAGCCACUCUGAUGGCACUCUGACCACAUGGAAUGUACGAGCCCCGGCCAAGCCUGCACAGAUCAUCACGCCACAUGGAAAGCAGCCGAAGGAUGGAAAAAAGCCAGAACCAUGCAAGCCUAUCCUGAAGGUGGAGUACAAAACAACAAGGGCUGGGGACCCAUUCAUGGUGCUGUCCGGAGGUCUGUCUUACGAUACAGUGGGGAGGAGAGCCUGUCUGACUGUGAUGCAUGGAAAGAGCACUGCUGUCCUGGAGAUGGACUACCCCAUCGUAGAUUUCCUAACGCUGUGUGAAACUCCGUAUCCAAAUGACUUUCAGGAGCCUUAUGCUGUGGUGGUCCUCCUCGAGAAGGAUUUAGUUUUAAUAGACCUCGGACAGAUUGGGUACCCGAUAUUUGAGAAUCCAUAUCCUCUGACUAUCCAUGAGUCACCAGUGACCUGCUGCGAGUACUUUGUUGACUGCCCUGCUGAACUUAUUCCUGCACUUUACUCUGUCGGCAGCCGGCAAAAGAGACAAGGUUACAGCAAGAAGGAGUGGCCCAUUAGUGGAGGAAACUGGGGUCAAGGCACUCAGAGUUACCCAGAGAUCAUAAUCACUGGACAUGCUGACGGGUCGAUCAAAUUUUGGGAUGCUUCUGCAUUAAUGCUCCAAGUGCUGUACAAGCUGAAGACUGCCAAGGUUUUUGAGAGGGCUCGCGGUAAGGAGGAGAAGGCAAAUACAGAUAUAGUAGAGGAGGACCCAUUUGCCAUCCAGACUUUGUCCUGGUGCCCUGAGAGCAGGAUGCUGUGUGUGGCCGGGGUGUCCGCCCACUUCAUCAUCUAUAGGUUCAGCAAGCAAGAAAUCACCACUGAAGUUGUGCAGCUUUUGGAGGUGCGGAUGCAGUGUGAGUUUAGUGAUGGAGACUCCCCUGAUCCAGGAGGGGACCAAACCCCCACCCUGCCCACCUCAGGAGCUUCCUCCAGCCCUCAGGAGAGCGAGCCCCCCACUCAGCCCUCCACAGGCAGCAACUCCUCUGACGGACCCCGGGACAACAUCCCAUGCCUGCAGGUGCGGAGCUCCCCGCUGAAGCAGUCUCCGGGCUACCAGGUGGAGCUGGUGAUCCAGCUGGUGUGGGUGAGCGGGGAGCCGCCUCAGCAGAUCACCAGCCUGGCUAUCAACUCCUCCUACGGCCUUGUGGUGUUUGGAAACAGUAAUGGUCUGGCUGUGGUCGACUACCUCCAGAAAACUCUGCUCCUCAACAUGGGCACGUCGGAGCUCUACAGCCCAUCCGACCCCUACCAGAGGCAGCCUCGCUCCCCACGCAAAGCACGGCAGCCCUCUGGAGCAACCUGUGAUUCCAACGAUGGGUCCAACACCUCAGAGGACCGCUGCAAAUCACCUACUUCAGGAUCUACCUCACCUUGCAAUUCAGACGAAGAGCGAAAACAGAAGUUCAUAGAUAAGGUGAAGUUCAAAAGCAGACGUUUUUCCAAGACGGUUGCCAAUGACUUUGCCAAGAUGUCACGGAAAAUUAGCUCGUCUGGUGAGCAAAAGCCGGACCUGGAGGAGAAGCCCCAACGAUGGCGCUCUUUCACAUGUAAGAAGCGCUUUUGUAGUAUGAACCAAGGCAAGGCAGCAACCACGAUGACCCAGAAGGGGGGCAUCUGUAGAACUAAGUCUUUCCCCAACUCCUAUGCCAAGGAUAACUCAUUCACCCGCUCACGUAGUUCAAGUGUAACCAGCAUAGACAGAGAAUCCCGAGAGGCCAUCUCCUCCUUUCACUUCUGUGAGAGUUUCGCCAGGAAGACGGACAGCACGGUCAGCCCCUGUCUGCUGGUGGGAACCACCCAGGGCUCUGUGAUGAUGGUGGCCCUCAGCCUGCCACCCGGUGGGGACCAGAGGCUGCAGCAACCAGUCGGCAUCUCCUCCUGUGGCACUAUGGUCACUCUCAAAGGAGGCAUUUUGACUAUGGCCCUGUUGGACUCUACUGGAACUCUGCUGCCCCCUUCCUACGAGCCAUGGUAUGACCCAAAUGCCUCAGAUGAGGAUAAGGAGAAGAGCCGGAGGCGCAGGCCAGCCUCCCCUCCCUCGUCACAAGAGGGUCAAGAUUCCCAGUAUGCUGUACUGUGUUCGGAGAAACAGGCCAAGGUGGUGGCCAUGCCCUCCCAAACCCGCAUCCACAAACACAACAUCACAGAGACCUCCUUCGUGCUGAGGGCUGAUGUCGUGCAAAUAGCCGGGGCGUACUGCAUCGCCUGUUUCUGUGCUAACGGGCACAUCAUGACUCUGAGUUUGCCCAGUCUACGGCCUCUGCUGGAUGUGAACUACCUGCCACUGACGGACAUGCGGAUAGCCAGAACGUUCUGCUUCUCCAACCUGGGUCAGGCCCUGUACCUCACCUCCCCUACUGAGAUCCAGAGGAUCACCUACAGUCAGGAGACCUGCGACAACCGGCAGGAGAUGCUCAGUGAGUUGUUUACCCCUGUGGAGACACCAGAGGCUCCUAACAGAGGUUUCUUCAAAGGCCUGUUUGGGGGAGGAGCUCAGUCUCUGGACAGGGAGGACCUCUUUGGUGAAACAGUUGCCGGUAAGGCCUCCCGUAGCCUGGCCCAGCACAUCCCUGGCCCAGGGGGCAUGGAGGGAAUGAAGGGUGCAGCGUCCGGGGUUGUGGGAGAUCUGGCCCGAGCCCGGAUAGCUCUGGAUGAGAGAGGGCAGAAACUGGGCGAGCUGGAGGACAGAACGGCAGCCAUGAUGGCCAGCGCAGAGUCCUUCUCCAAACAUGCUCAUGAUAUGAUGCUUAAGUACAAAGAUAAGAAGUGGUACCAGCUCUGAUGGCAGCGUGUGGAGCAUCGGACUCUGUAAUCACGCACACCAGUAUCUCUGAGGAGCUGCAGGUCCCUCUCCUUCUCUUCUCCGUUUCUCUCCACGGGGGGUUCUGCUCAACGGACUCAUGCUUUUAUUCUCAGCGCAGCAUCACACACUCUGCAUUACCUCAGUCACCGGAGGACUGCCGCGGAGUGGACACAUUGGCCGACCCGACGUAAUGAGAACGGAAAGAAAUGGGAGAAGAGAAGCUCUUAGGAAUCUCUCGUUCCAUUUCACCUGAGAGCGACGGUGAUGUUUGUGCGACAUCAGUCCGCAGAACAGGAGAGAGGUGACCUUUCAUAUCCAUCAGUCAUGCACUCAUAUAUAUCUCAUAUAUACAGUAUAUAUAUAUCUACACACCCUGCUGUUUUGUUCUGAAAGAGGAAAGACAAUUCUGCAAAACAUGUACUUGUGGUGGCCUGAUUGCUCUUUUUUCCUUUCUCUACCCUUUAUGGUGUAUGCCAAACACAGUGGACUUAAACGAGGAGAAAAGUCUGAUGACCCCUUGUCCUUCAAAUCUAAUCAUGUCAAUGAAGAUGUAAGUUUCUAUAGGAGUGAUGAAUCAAUGAAGGACUCGUGUUUGUUUGUUUUUCUGGUUUAAAUUAUUUUUAGAGUUUGACCUCUGUCCCUUUGUCAGUCUGCUUUUGUCCUUUUUUUGUUUUUGUUGUCCAGAAAGGGCCUUUCAAGCACUUAGAACCGUAAAAACUAGACAGGGAGAUGAUGAAUCUGUUGCCUCUCACCGAAUAAGGGCUGGUAGUACACUAGUUCAUCACCGACCAUUCCUUUUUACAACAUUUUGCAACCAAGUUUUAGGUGAGAAAGACAAAGUUUUCUGAGCGUCACUUUUUAUUUUAAAUGAGUUUAUUUAUUGGAGCAGUAUAAAUAAUAGGAAGUAAAUUAAGUUUGUAUGUUGGGCAUUGAAUUUUAUUUCUAACCUUUUGGUAAAUGCGCAAAAAAAAGUGCUGAAAAUGUUUACCCAUGAUGAAGAGUUUACGUUGAUCUAUUGGGAAAAUGAAGUUGAUACACUGGAAAAGCCCUGAAGGUCUUCUGACUUUCUGUCAAGGGGCUGUAGCUAAGUCACGUAUGCGAAGGAUGACGUGUUGAAGGGCAAGACAAAGAUUGUCCGUAAUAUGAUUAGCAUAAAUGUAUAUUUUGGUUACAAUUUUAAUUUUUUGUGAUAAAGAUUCUAUCUGUACAUGUCAUGAUUAUUGAGAUUUCUUUCUGCAUUCUGUCGCAGCUGAUUUUUGUCUCGAUGUGUAGGGAAAAAAGCAUGUGUCUCUUACAGCACAAAGGAAACGGUAACGCUGUCUUUGUAUUCGUAGCUGCCGGUAGACAUUACCAAGCACCACAGAGCGUCCCACGCAGUGCCAUUGGUCAUCUCUCUCUGAACCACUCACUCUAAAACUGUUUCUCUUCUGCCUUUGCCUCAUGACGCAUAUAUUCUAACCUCUACCUAUGUGUAUGUCUGUGUGCGUGUGAACAUACAUAUAUUCAGGAAUAUGUGUAUGGGCGCCAAUAUUUAUAAUACUACAUAGAUGCAGUGUAUUACAAUAGGUCUUUUGAGGUUUUUGUUUUUGCUUGACAGUGUUUUUUCAAUGUGGCUAACUAGAAUUCUAUUGUGAUUAGAUUUCUUUCUCAUGAGGUGCAAGGAUGCGCUGCUAUCUGUGUCAAUGUAAGAGCAUCAUCUGUCGGUCUUUUAUUUUGAAAAAGAGAGACAAGACUUUGUCGGUCCAGAUUGCUGCCAAAUGUUGUAAAUAACGGGACAGCCGGACACAAAUCUGACAGUGCAGGUUCAGGCAACGUGACAUACAGUGCGCUUGCGGCCAUGUUCUUUUCCGACACCAAAGAGUUGCUUAAUUUCACAGAGUUGUCUUGAUUUUUUCCCAAAUGUUAGAGUCAGUGUGGAUAGCUUGGACGGCGCUCUCAAGUCAAGAAGUCUACUGUGUGUAGGGGCGGGGGGGUAGAUCGGCUUUAGCUUCUUCUUACGGGCAUACCACCCUCAUCACCCAAACUGCUGUACAUGUGUUCAGAGGACAGGCAAAGUGAAGCUGAAGAGUUUAUUUCCAAAAUCAUGUAACACUAGCUCAUGGGAAAUGGUGGCAAGCUUGAAAUAAAACAGCUAGAAGUUUGCAUUAAUUUUCUCAGGGUGCUUUCACACCACACCUGUUUGGUUUGGUUAAAACAAACUCAGGUCAGUUCACCUGGUUAGUAUGGUUCUGGAACCCUGGUGCGGACAAACAACCGUAAGAAGAUGGCCUGGAAAGGUGGCUCUCGGUGCUCGUCCGAGCGGACUCUGGUGCAGUUUGUUUGUGGUGUUAAAACAAACGAACCAACAACAGGAUUUUAUGAUUGCAGAUAUGUGAUUUUAUCAUGAUUUCAAAAGCUAAACUACUAAUGAACCCAUUUGCUGAUGGUGAAAUCUGUUCCCAAUUUUGUAAUUGAUCCUUAUAAGGCCGUGCAUAUAAUCUGUUUAUGCUAAUCAUUUGGUAACCAUGGUUAUGCAUAUGCACGUCAGCGUGGAUGUUUUUCUUUUUAAUAGAUCAAAAGCUGUUAAAAUCUGUGCUUGUAUACGACGUAAGCUCACAGCAGCCUCCGGGCUGAAACAUGAAGUCAAUGCUAAGUGUCAAAAACUGCAGUUCCUCUAAUGGCCACUAGAGGCUGACUCCAAAAACAAGUCAAUCCCUGUGGAUUCCCGUGUUAAAAUGCCCAGGUUUACAGCAGAAAUAAACAUGUAUACAGCCUGGUACAAAAACAGUUUUGGUUUCUAUAAUAAAUUUCCUUGUUCCCGACAACUGUAUGAGGGUGAAUUUUUUGACAACUCACUCAUUUACUUUCUAUUGAGGCUCAAAGUUACGCAUAUUUAAGGGUGGAACCGCCUUCAGUGACAUGCUGUCUGUGAGGCGUUGCCACAGUCUAUGAGUCAGAGCCAUCCCUCGCCCUCCACUGCUCCACCCCCUCGUCCAAAUAUGGUCACUUCUGGCUCAAAAAAUCCAAGAUGGCAAUGGCUAAAAUGCCAAACUCAAAGCUACAAAACAGCCCACACACCAACGAGUGACAUAAUGGUAGCUAGUCUAUGAUACGACUUUGUGUGCUCUGUCGUCAAAGUACAAAGUGUCUGAUUUCCGCACGUGGGUCACCAAAACUGUCUAAUCAUGGAGUCACUUGUCUGUCAGUUUAACUUCAUGUUUGCUGCUCUUGGUUCGUUUGUAAAUAGUCAGUGUGAACAGGAACUAGACCAGAACUAAAAUGCAACAGUGCAUCAUUUUUCCCGCCUUGGUUCGGACCAAAUGAACCAAUCUACAGGUGUGAAAGCACCCUUGGAUUUUAGAGCGUUAAAUCCUGUGUACUUAUUGUAGGAGGUGCUGAGUUGUCAGUCACACACAUCAUUUUGGAAUAAAACCCUUCACCUUUAGCUGGCUGAUUUUAAUCUACUCUCCUGUGUACUGCUGAGAUAAACCCAUCAGAAAGAGUGGCUAUGUGGGUUUUGCACUAUUUUUUGUACUUUAAAAUAAUUUUGUCAGUAUGGUUUUUAAUGUGUUUCUGUUCUCGUGUCCCAUUUUCUUCUUUUUGAAAGGACCAAAACGUGACAGUACCUAUGCUUAUAUAUGUCAUUUGCCAAUUAUGCUGAUUGCUUCACUCUCAGAUUUGUUUUCAAUGUCAGGUAAUGAUACUAUGAUAUAUUUAUAUAUUUGAAAACAAAUAUAUAUAUACUUUUAAUUUCAAUAAUCUAUUAAAAAUGAAUACCUUUAAUGUAAUUUUUUUGGGAUAGAAUAACACAUUAAUGUCCAAAACAAUGGUUGUGCAUAAUUAUCCAUCAUCCUGACAUGACAAUAAACAUUUUCUGGUUAUAUAUUGAACAUGCUCAUUUUGGAUUCAAGCUUUGCUACUGCAGGAGGGUCAUUUCCUCUCAGUGGGCCGCUGAGUCUUUCUACAAAGUGUGGCCUCAACUUUAAAGUGCUUCAGUUUGCAACAUAUAUGGUCUAAAUGGUCUCUUAUUGCACAUUGAAGGAUGCAUGAUAUUAAGUGUUUACAAACUUGAAACAACCAUGUAUUAUCCCUCUUAGAGAUUGUCUGCUCUGGCAUUUGUAUUUACCACCAUGUUGAACAAAACUGAAGUUCUCAUCACGCAUCAGAAGGUGUCCCACUUUCAUUUGAUCAUGCCAAUUGUAGAAGUGUGAGAGAUUAUAUUUAUUUCAUUGGUACAUCUGUUUUAUGUUACUGUUUGCUUCAUGAAAACUCUUGCUUCCCCUGCACCGUAGAGAUGAAGGCUAGGCUCGCAGCGCCGUGCAGGAGAGCUCAAGGGUUUGUCAGUCGCCAUACUUCCAUCCAUCCGUCUGUCUUCUGGGAUGAAUAUCUGUGGAGUUGCAGUAUUUUCUCAUAGUAGGCAAUUUUUGUACAGUUUUAUUAAAAUAAAUUUCACAUGGAUGUCUGACUUAAUCUGCUGCCACAAACAAUUUAGACUGUAGAUACAGUAUAUAUAGAUAUUAUUGUGCAAUGGAAAAUAAAUGUAAAACCAAUCAUAACA